CUGUUUCCUGCCGGCCGCGGGUGUCGCACCGCGACCAUGGUGGAUGUCAUGGAGUUGCCCAGGUCGCGCGUCAACGCCAGCAUGCUAGCUCAGUUCAUCGACCGGCCGGUCUGCUUCGUAGGAAGGCUGGAAAAGAUUCAUCCCACUGGAAAAAUGUUUAUUCUUUCAGAUGGAGAAGGAAAAAAUGGAACUAUUGAGUUGAUGGAGCCCCUUGAUGAAGAAAUCUCUGGAAUUGUGGAAGUAGUUGGAAAAGUAACAGCAAAGGCAACCAUUAUGUGUGCAUCAUAUGUCCAGUUUAAAGAAGAUAACCAUCCUUUUGAUCUUGGACUUUACAAUGAAGCUGUGAAAAUUACUCAUGAGUUCCCUCAGUUUUUUCCUUUGGGGGUGGUGCAAUAUGAUUGAUCUUGAUAAACACAUUGAAGACUGUUACAGGAAGCCCCCUGAUAGUUGAGGGGAAUAUUUCUGUGAUUUUUAAUAUUUAAUUUGUUCUCUUUUUAAUUUCAUUUACCUAACCUUAUUAGAUAUUGCAGUAUCCCACUUUUGAUGUAACCUGUCUAUAUACUGCAAGUUAAUUCCUCAUAAAGAAUCACUUCUCCAGUGUACGGUCAGACCAGAUAUUAGAACAAAGCAGUUGCCUUGAGUUUAGUUUUGUGUUUUAUUAAUAAAAACUGAAACAGA